CACUACGCAAACUAUUCAACAAAAAGAUUCUCUAUUAGCUACUUUAACUCGUAAAUAUGGUCAAGUUAAAAAUGAUUUAAAUAAUUAUAAAAAUGAACGGGACACUGCCUACGCUAAUUUAGAAAAUUUAAACCAACAACUAGACAACUCUCAACAAGAAUUAGUUAGAACCCAAAGAAAAGUCAGAAAAUUAGGUCAAAAAAUUACUAAAUUAGAAGCUGACCAAGCAAAAACACAGCAAACAACUGCCACGCAAAUCAAUUGGCUAAAAGAAAUUUCUCAAUGUUUGCUUAGUGUAGGAAUUGUUCAGAAAGAAGAUAUCCCUGCCGAAGCAAACAAUUUAGUUGAGCAAAUAAAACAAGUUCAGCAAGAACGCGACCAAGCCCUAAAAGAAAGAGAUUAUUGA